UCACAUGCUUCUCGGGUUUGGAUCAGCUGACUUCGGCCAUCAGCUUCUCCUUUUUGAUGCUCUUCCUCCUCCGUCGGCUCACGGCGCCUCUCAAAACGCUGCAGCCUCGUUAUCGAAGCUUCACCGGCGUCCGAUUCCCAGUUUGAGGCCGGAGAAUCUCUGAUCCAGCAGCUCGGCCCUCCGGAUAGAUGCUGCUCGAGUGGAUGAUGAACGGACACGCCAUUCUCUACACGGGGGUCACUCUGGCCUUCUGGACCACCAUACUGAUCGUUGGGAUCUGCUACACCAUAUUCGACCUGGGAUUCCGCUUCGAUGUGGCAUGGUUCCUCACGGAGACGUCUCCCUUCAUGUGGGCCAACCUGGGCAUCGGCCUGGCCAUCUCUCUGUCCGUGGUGGGGGCCGCCUGGGGGAUCUACGUCACCGGCUCCAGCAUCAUCGGCGGCGGCGUCAAAGCUCCACGUAUCAAAACCAAGAAUUUAGUCAGUAUUAUCUUCUGUGAAGCCGUCGCCAUUUACGGGAUCAUCAUGGCGAUCGUCAUCAGCAACAUGGCCGAGAACUUCAGCGGAACAACUCCCGAGACCAUCGGAGCUCGAAACUACCAGGCCGGCUACUCCAUGUUCGGAGCCGGCCUCACCGUGGGCUUCUCCAACCUGUUCUGUGGGAUCUGCGUGGGCAUCGUGGGCAGCGGCGCGGCUCUGGCCGACGCCCAGAACGCCAGCCUCUUCGUCAAGAUCCUCAUCGUGGAGAUCUUCGGCAGCGCCAUCGGCCUUUUCGGCGUCAUCGUGGCCAUCCUGCAGACGUCAAAAGUAAAGAUGGGCGACUAGAAGAGGCGCUAUCAGAGGCGGAGUGGAGGAGAAAGACACUGCUGGAAAUAUAUGAUGGAUUAUUGUGUAAAUACAUGGUAAAUUAUUUAAACGUCUCUAUUGGCCUGGUGUUGUUCUUCGACAGGCAGGAGUGAUGUGUGGAGAAAAACAGAUUCAGAAUGAGCAAACGUCAUUCUUUCCUCUUCAUACCACUCUUAUUGAACAACGCUUGAAAAUGACACCAGAGUAUUGAAACUAUUUGUGUGUGUGUGUAUGUGAGUGCGCGCGUGUGUGUGUGUGUGUGUCCUGAACAUGUGAUUCUUUUCUUUAAUUGUGAAGCAUGAGGUUGUUUCUAAAUGUAGCCUGGUCUGUCAGUUCUUUUUUUUCUUUUUUAAAUCAGUUCUGGUCCACAGGAAGGCCACGGCCCAGUAUGAAGAGAGAGUUUAGAGUCAGACCGAUGAUCUGAAAUGGAGGCGACGCUUUUAGAGCGUAAAGCUGGAGUCUGAUCACAUUUAUUCUUUUCACAUUCACUACACAGCUUGAAGUCCCCUGAAGUAACUGUUUGCUAAAUCCGUUCUUAUCUACUCUUUUCUUUUUUACAUCACAAUAAAAUUUGGAUUCAUUUUGAAAAAGCAGUCUCAAUCAAAAGUAUUAUUUUCUAUUCAGUUUGUUGAUUAAACUGAAAGAGAAUCUGUAUGUUGGCUUCCAACUGACUGCUUAUUUCCAAGUAAUCUCACCUUUUCGGCCCAAAUACUGCUUCAGUUAUUGUAUUCACAAUCGGUGAUGCAAUUUCUUAUUUUUGAUCUAUCUUUUACACAAAUUCUUUUCUUGCUCAAUAUUUUUUACUGAAUUUUCUUGCUUUGAAUGUAUUUCGUCCUGUAAAAUAUUACAGAAAAAGUUUACAGACCGGCUAGCUCGUCUUGUCUUGUAAUACCACUUUAUGCCACUAGGUGGUGUCUCUAGUCGGCCCUAACGACUCACAGCUGCCCCCUACUGUCUCAAACCGGCACUACUUUAACCUUCCAUGCUGUACCUGUUUGUUUUCACUAUUAAAGCUUUAACAUCUGGGUUGUUUUUCUCAACAUCUGCCCCUCGGCGGGCAGUAGAAUAGGAGUGUUUGGCAAAGACGAGUCUUAAUGUUUUGAACGUAUCAUUCCCGGGACGACGGACCACAUUUGAUUGCGACUCGGCUCUUUUCUUUGAUUUUUUUUUUUUUUCUUUUUAAAUGUUGUGAACAUCACAUGUUAUGAACCUGGUUGUGACAAAAGCUUUUUGGUUUGGUUUUUGUUUUGUUUUACUUAUCCAGGUUCUGCACCACCAAACCCAGGCUUUCAGUGACUGUAGAUGGUACUGUGUGUGUGUGUGUGUGUGUGUGUGUGUGUGUGUGUGUUACAGUAAUGUGACGGUGAUCUGGGUAUCGCUCAUUGUUUUUGACCUUGUGUUGAAAAUUGAAAAUUAAAAAAAAAAAAAAUCCUUCUGCCUUCAUAAAUGUUCUGGAGAAAAUAAACUGAUUCCAUCCA